AUGUAUGCUGUGACUAUUAGUGAGGAGGGUGACUGUUACCGGUGUUUCCCGCCCGACCCGGGCAUUGGUACUGCUGCGCUAGGUACUUCUGCGGCUGCUGCUCUAGGUGCCAGUGCGUCUGCACUCUCAGGUACUGGUGAGGCUGCGCUCUCAGGUACUGCGUCGGCUUCGGCCUCCCUCACCUUCACGCUUGACUCAGGGGCUUCUCGCUCCUUCUUUCGAGACCGCACCACACUCACGCCGCUUGGCCGGCCGGUUGCAGUCUCCCUGGCUGACCCCUCUGGGGGUCCUGUCCUCUCUCACUUCUCCACUGUCCUCCCGUGUCCGGCUGCCCCCUCGGGCACCUUGUCUGGUCUGUACCUCCCCUCGUUCUCGACGAACUUGGUGAGUGGUGCUGACCUGCAGGAUGCGGGGGUUCACCAGUUUACUCCUGCGAGUCAGCGGGUGACCCACUGCUCGGACGCCCGCACAGGCCGACACCUGGCCACGUUUUCGCGUCGGCCGGGGUCGAGUCUCUACACCCUGACCACUGAGUCUCCUCCUGUCCCUGCGUUUGGCCAGGUAGCUGCGUCGGGUCAGGUGUUUGCUGCUGCGUCCAGGUCUGGUCCUGAGUCUGCCCCCUGCUCGUGUCGCCGCCUGUCUCAGGAGACUCUCCUGUGGCACCACCGUCUUGGCCACCCCUCCUUGCCUCGUCUUCGGGGCAUGGCUUCCCGUGUCCUUGUCUCUGGUCUUCCCCGGUCUCUCCCUCCCCUUCCUUCGGGACCCGGACCUUCCUGUGUCCCCUGUGUCGAGGGGCGGCUCCGGGCUGCCCCUCACUCCUCCCAGUUUCCCCCGACAGAGGCUCCUCUGCAGACGCUUCACAUGGACGUGUGGGGCCCGGCCCGCGUCCGUGGGCAGGGUCACGAGCGCUACUUCCUGCUGGUGGUUGACGACUACUCGCGUUACACCACAGUCUUCCCCUUGCGCAGCAAGGGUGAUGUCACUGAGGUGUUGAUCGACUGGAUCCGCGUAGCUCGUCUCCAGCUCAGGAGGAGCUUCGGCUCGGACUUUCCUGUUCUGCGUCUGCACUCUGACCGAGGUGGAGAGUUCUCCUCUGGCCUUCUGCGAGCCUACUGUCGUGCACGAGGCAUCCGCCAGAUCUUUACGCUUCCGGACUCUCCACAGCAAAAUGGGAUUGCUGAGCGCCGCAUUGGCAUGGUCAUGGACGUCGCUCGUACGUCCAUGAUGCAUGCGGCUGCCCCCCAUUUUCUGUGGCCGUUUGCGGUUCGGUACGCGGCGCAUCAGAUCAACCUUCACCCCAGGGUCUCCCGGCCGGAGACCUCCCCAGCUCUGCUGUGGACGGGGAAGGUCGGCGAUGCGUCUGCGUUCCGUGUCUGGGGAUCUCGGGCGUUUGUCCGCGACUUGUCUGCGGACAAGCUGUCCCCUCGUGCUGCUCCCUGUGUCUUCCUCGGCUUCCCCCCUGACGCCCCAGGGUGGCAGUUCUACCACCCCUCCUCUCGUCGUGUUCUGUCCUCCCAGGACGUCACGUUCGACGAGUCAGUCCCCUUCUACCGCCUCUUCCCCUACCGCACUCCUUCCCUCCCCCCGCCACCGCACUUCCUUGUGCCAGGUCCCCCCCCGGUAGACCCCCUUCCCCCUCAGGGUCCUGCCCCUUCAGGUGUGUCCCAGGUAGACGCAGUCGAGCCGCCUGGGGGUGCUGAGCCUGGGGGUGCUGAGUCUGGGGGUGCUGAGCCUGGGGGUACUGCGACUGGGGGUGCUGAGCCUGGGGGUGCGGAGUCUGGGGGUGCUGAGCCUGGGGGUGCUGCGACUGGGGGUGCUGAGCCAGGGGGUGCUGCGUCUGGAGCUGCUGAGCCUGGAGCUGCGGAGCCUGCGGCCACUGGACCUCCCCUUGUGGUGUCUGGCGGUGCGGGACCUGGCGGUUCUCCGGGUGCUUCGCCUCGGCGGGAGCCCCUCUCUCCACAGGAGCUGCGCGAGUGGUUUGCUCGCCGCUGGAGACGUACUGCUGGAGCUGGAGCUCCUUCGGCUGCUGAGGGUACUUGUGCCGCUGGUCCCGGAGCUGCUGGGCCUUCGGGUUCGCCUGGAGCUGGAGCUGCUGCGGGUGUUGGUGCUGAGACUGCUGCUGUCCUUCCUAGCGGUGGUCCUGCUGCGGGUGCUGCUGGUGCUGCUGGAGGUCCUCCCGCUGGAGGUGCGGUUGGCGCUGGUGCUGCUGCUGAGGGUGCUGUCCCUGCUGUGUCUGGAGUCGCCGCGCGGCCUCGGCCGUACUUCGUUCCCCUCCUACAGCAGGUUCUUGGUCUUUCUCCUCCUGCAGCGUGUCCACCGCCUGUUCAGUCACAGUCCCAGUUAGAGCCCGCCUCCCCACUUCCGGCUCCCUCUCCUUACACUGGUCCCACUGGAGGUCUUGCUGAGCGUCGUGAGCCUGCGUCUCGUCCUGCGUCGCCUGUUCGUGCUGCUCGCGCUAGUGGUCGCGGUUCGCGUCAGCGUCCUCCUCCUGUCCGUGGCACGCACCGGAUGUCUUUGCGUCCGUCCACUGCUCCUCUGCGUGCCCCUUUGCCUUCUCCUCCUGAGUCCUCCCUUCCUGCACUUACCGACCCAGAGUCCGACUCUCUUCGUGCUGCUAGUCCUACUGUCACACGUCUCCUUGCUACUGUCGUCACUGACCCCUCUUUUGAGUCCACUGCUGCGUCUGCGCUUGUUGCUGAGCUCGUCGACUUUGCUGCUCGCUGUCGUCUAGACUACGCUGCCGGUCUUGUUGCUGAGUCUGCGUCUGUCUGUCCUCCGUCCGUCGGGGGUGAGUGUGCUCUUGGCACGGACGUCCUUGAGGACAGGCAGGAGGAGUUCCAGUGUCUGGCUGCUGCUUCACCUCAUCUCGCGUCCGUACUACUUGCCCCUGAGGGAGACCCGGAUGCACUAGACAUCCCGACUCCGCGCUCUUACGCGGAGGCCGUAGAGGGUCCCUACUCCUCUCAGUGGCAGGCAGCUAUGGAUGCAGAGAUGGCGUCCUGGAAGUCCACAGGCACCUACGUUGACGCGGUUCCCCCUCCUGGGGCGAACAUCGUCAGUGGCAUGUGGAUCUUCAGGGUGAAGCGGUCGCCGGGCUCUCCACCUGUCUUCAAGGCGCGGUACGUCGCUCGUGGCUUCAGUCAGCGGCAGGGAGUUGACUACUUUCAGACCUUCUCUCCCACCCCGAAGAUGACCACUCUUCGGGUGCUACUGCACAUAGCCGCUCAGCGCGACUACGAGCUCCACUCUCUUGACUUCAGCACUGCUUUCUUGCAGGGUAGCCUGCACGAGGAGAUCUGGCUGCGCCGUCCACCUGGCUUCACUGGGACUUUCCCUCCUGGCACCCAGUGGAGCCUCCGACGGCCAGUCUACGGUCUCCGCCAGGCACCGCGUGAGUGGCACGACACACUGAGGACUACGCUUGCGGCUCUUGGGUUUGCUCCCUCUACUGCUGACCCGUCGUUGUUUCUGCGCACCGACACUUCUUUGCCGCCGUUCUACAUCCUCGUGUACGUCGACGACUUGGUCUUUGCCACAGCUGACACUGCUGGACUAGCCUACGUGAAGUCCGAGCUGCAGAAGAGACACACGUGCACAGACCUGGGUGAACUGCGCAGCUACCUUGGCUUGCAGAUCACUCGGGACAGAGCACGCCGCACCAUUACCUUGACUCAGUCACACAUGGUGCAGCAGGUCCUUCAGCGCUUCGGCUUCACGUACUCCUCGCCUCAGGCCACUCCUCUGUCUACUCGCCACUCGCUCUCAGCUCUGCCUUCGGAUGAGUCCGUAGAGUCGAGUGGCCCGUACCCAGAGCUUGUUGGUUGCCUCAUGUACCUGAUGACCUGCACACGACCUGACCUUGCAUACCCUCUUAGCAUUCUUGCACGCUAUGUUGCUCCUGGGAGACACCGACCAGAGCACAUGGCUGCAGCGAAGAGGGUGUUGCGCUACUUGUGCAGUACGUCGGGCAUGGGGCUAGUGCUUGGAGGGCGGAGUCCAGUGGUCCUCACUGGGCACGCGGACGCUUCUUGGGCUGACGACCAGGCUACGCAGCGGUCGUCGCAGGGUUACACCUUCAGUCUUGGUUCCGGCUCUGUCUCGUGGCGGGCUACACGCUCGUCCUCUGUUCUCGGCUCCAGUUGUGAGGCUGAGAUCUACGCCGGGGCCAUGGCUGCACAGGAGCUUCGCUGGCUCACCUACCUGCUGACUGACCUUGGAGAGCCGCCUCGUUCUCCUCCAGUGCUGUACGUAGACAACAAGGCCAUGCUGGCCUUGUGUCGAGAGCAGCGCUUGGAGCACAGAACGAAGCACAUUGCUCUCCGUUACUUUCUUGCUCGUGAGCUGCAGCAGCGUGGUCAGUUGCGACUUGCGUACGUGGCCUCUGAGGCCAACACUGCUGAUGUGUUCACCAAGGCACUUGCGCCUUGUGACCAUCAGCGCUUCUGCACUCAGCUGGGUCUUGUACCUGUCUUGCCUCACUUGCUCUCCUCUUGA